AUGGACAGCGAAAAACGAGCAACCAGCCGAGAAGAGUACAAAAACUACCUUCGAAAAACUGGCGUCUGGGAUACCCUGAAUCAAUUUCUCGUCAAGCUUUACGAAACACAUGACAAGCCAAAUGAUGCAAAAGCGUUUUUGGCGCAAUACAUCCACGGAGACCAGGUUUCGCUGAAAGAAACUCACGAGCUGCGAGCAGAACUUGAUGCUCUCCAAGCGCAAGUCGCAGACCUGAAGAUCCGGGCAGAGACAGCAGAAGCAAUCGUCCGAAAACAGGAAGGAAUCGAAGACGAACCUGAAGACAACGAGGAGAACCCAGCCGAACCUGAAGAAGAGCCCGAAGAACCAGCCCAAUAA